UAUGGCGAAGAAGAAACUUCCCUUUCCCUCCUUCUUCGUCUCCGUUACAUUAUUUCUAACAUGUUUUCAACCAUGCAUGAUCGAGAGCAAUCCCCUCUCCAUUGUUGAUCCUGAUGAGGGAGACGAUCUCUACAUCAUCACCGUCGUCCCCCCGGACGGCGACAUCGACCUCCUCGGCGCCGAAGAGCUCGAGCAAUACCACCUCUCCUUCCUGCCCAACUCCACCCUCGACUCCGGCGCCCCGCGUCUCGUCCGCUCCUUCCGCCACGCCUUCAGCGGCUUCGCGGCGAGGCUGACCCCCGUGGAAGCCGCCGCCGUCAAAGUGGUGGACGGCGUCGUCUCCGUCCAGGAAAACCGGAUUACGCCGCUCGGGACUACUUACACCCCGACGUUCCUGGGCCUGAAUGGAUACAACGGCAUCUGGUACAAGACUAAAGGGGAGGGCGUAAUCAUCGGUGUCCUCGACACCGGCAUCUCCCGGAACCACGUGUCGUUCGCCGACGACAAGAUGCCGCCGCCCCCUGCGAAGUGGCGCGGCUGCUGCGAGUUUGUCACCAGCAAGUGCGACCCCUUUGUGCCGACGGUGUGCAGUAACAAGCUCCUCGGUGCACGGAAGCUGAUCUACAAAUCACCCGAGGAUGAGUCUGGGCACGGUAGUCAUUGUUCUAGCAUAGCUGCGGGGAACUAUGUUCAAAGUGCCGAGGUGCGUGGCCACGCUGAGGGCACCGCGGCGGGCAUGGCCCCGCGGGCGCACAUCGCAACAUACAAGAUUUGCGGCGGCGCGAACCAGUGCUUUUCUUUCUCACAAGCCAGCGGCCUGGACCAGGCUAUCGCUGACGGAGUCGACGUGCUGUCCCUCUCCAUCGACUCCUACCCGGAGCGUCUGCACGAGAGCAACAUCGCCAAGGCGUCGUUCGUCGCGAUGGAGAAGGGCAUCUUCACGAGCGCGUGCGCGGGGAACUCCAUGGGGAACGUCCGGAAGGAGGUGGUGAACGACGCCCCAUGGAUCCUGACUGUCGGCGCCAGCACGACCGACCGAAGGGUGCGCGCGGUCGUGCGGCUCGGCAACGGUAUGGAGUUUUACGGCGAGUCUGCGUAUCCUUUAGAAAUCUCAAACGGGACAGGAACAGUGCCGCUCGUUUACCCGGGGAAAGUGGAUAACACGCCUGCGAGGCUUGGCUGCAUGAAAGAGGGGCUGAGUGGUUUGAACGUUACAGGGAAGAUCGUGCUGUGCGCCGUCGGAGAGAUCGAGAAUCACGAGAAAGUGGAGAUCGUGAAAAAGGCUGGGGGAGUCGGCGUAAUAUUGCUCGGCCAAAAAUGGAACGGGCAGACCACGUACGCCGAAUCACUCGAACUUCCUUCGGUCUGGAUGGGCAACCUCGACACUGUCGAGAUUGUGAACUACGCUCUGAACACCGACGAUGCCACCGGGGAGAUUGCUUUCCAAGGCACGCAGUUCGGCUACCGACCGGCCCCUGCGGUCGCCGGGUUGUCGGUAACGGGACCGAGCAAGUACAACGGCGGCAUCCUGAAGCCCGACAUUCUGGGGCCGGGCAUCAACAUCCUCGCCGCCUGGCACAAGCAGGUCGGGCCAAGUCCCACCGGCUCUGACGACCGGGCAUUCAACUUCGGUAGCGGAUGCUCCAUGGCCACGCCACACCUGGCCGGGAUCGCCGCGCUGCUCAUGAGCGCCCACCGGGACUGGUCGGUGGCCAUGAUCAAGUCGGCGAUCAUGACGACGGCGCUUACAAAGGACAAAGACGGGAACCCGAUAAUCGACGAGCGGAACGAGAACGUGACGCAGCCGGCGAGCUUGCUCACCACGGGAGCCGGGCAGGUCAAUCCCUCGGCGGCCUAUGAUCCUGGCCUCGUUUACGACAUCCAGCCGCACGACUACGUCCGGUACCUCUGCGGACGGUACAACGACGACAACCUGGUCAGCGGGAUUACUCGUCGGAAGGUUCAUUGUUCCGUCGUCGGGCGUAUCACCGCUGAGAAUCUGAACUAUCCGUCUAUUUCGGUCAAGAUGGGGUCGGGAUCGGAGAAGACCAUAUACCGAACCGUGACGAAUGUAGGGGAUGCCGCAUCGACAUACGCGGCUGAGGUGAUCGAACCGGAGGGAGUGAGCGUGGAGGUGAAUCCCGGAACGCUUGAAUUCGCUGCAGCUAUGGAGAAUAAGAGCUUCAACGUGACGCUCAAAGCAAAGAGCAAAAUGCGGUGGGGGGAGCAUAGAGAAGGGUACUUGUAUUGGAAAUCAGCUGAUGGCAAGUAUAAAGUUGGUAGUCCCAUUCUGGUGCAGUACUGAGUGUUCUAUUUACAUCUCGUGUUGUUUCUUGUUCACAUUUUGAUCACGCAAAGAUUAUGUGCUAAAAAAAUAAUAAUAAUCUGUUUUAUA